CUGGCAACCUCGGUCAGAUAAGCACCAUAUGUUUUUCCUUCUCACCUGCCGGAUCCCCGAUGACGUGACUCACUUGAUACCUUUGGCUGUGUCAGUUGUUCGUGCGCCAUGCGAGAAAGCUCAAACGCUGCUGCAGGUAAACGGAGCAAUGCAACGCGGCAGUUCAGCGAAAUUCGUAGGGGGUGACGCAAAUAAAGCUGUGAACGGCACUCCUCUGUGGAACGUGGCCGUGUGUGGACCGGCGCUGUUCUAUUACCACGACGACAUCUCCAUCCGCUUGGUCGAGUGGCUGGAACUGCUGAGGGCUCAGGGCUUCGCUAAAGUGUUUCUGCUGCAGACUGCUGUUCAUCCCAACAUAGAAAAGGUCCUGCAGUACUACGAGGCGGAUGGCUUUGUUGGUAUAACAAAAUUCUUAUACCCAGUACCUUACGCCAACGAACCCAAUCUCCGAAGGCUGUGGGUUUUGACAGAACGAGCAAAACUCUUCGCGAUGGAGAAUCUAUACUUCACUGAUUGCCUUCUUCGCCACAUGCACGAGUACCGCUUCAUCGCCCACUUCGACCCUGAUGAGAUGCCGAUGCUGCCGAACCACGACUCCUUCCCCUCUUGGCUGCACGACCAUAUUCGAAGAACAAAGUCAACAAAUCAAUAUUCAUCCUACGACCUGUCCUGGUACUACCACCACAGCGACCUUGAGCCUGUCAAGUCCCUCCCGAAGUACCUCUGGUUUCUGAGACACACGAGGAGAGUAACCUCAAACGUCUUUCCAACUCUCAGUAAACCCACCUACGACAUGGACGUUGUUACUGGCGUCUACUCGCACGGUGCAAUAACCUGUGCUUAUGGGAAAUGCAAGGCGAAGGCCUACACAUGUCCACGGGCUGAAGCGUACCUUGGCCACUACAGGAGGGACUGCGGAGAGGCCUGCAAGACACCGCGGUCUGUGUUGAACGUACCUUGUCUCCUGAAGUACAGAGAUCAAGUGUCCUCGGAUGUCCACAAGGUUUUGAUAAAACUAGAGUUGAUAUGACAGCUGAAGGACACUCUGGUUGCUAGUCCUUAUUGACA